AUGUCUCCGUCCGCCCCUACUGAGCCGACACGAUCGCUGGCGACUGGGGCGAAGAAGAAGAGUGGUAAAAAGAAGAAGAACGCCAACAAACCAAAGGAUCCUGUGGGCACGAGCAAUGGCGAGGCUCAACUUGGCGACAACGACGAGGGCGGCUCCGAAGUUGCUGAAACCCCUGUUCAGAAAUCUACCAGCAACGGCCACCCAGCCGCCCCCGAACCGACCCCCGCCGAGUCGAAACCAGACCCUGCCCCAGGUCCGAUACCCAUGGCGGAAGACAGCGAAUCCCUCCGUGCGGAGGUUGAGCAAUUAAGAAAGCAGCUCGAUGACCUCAAUAAAACCCAUAACGAAGAAGUCGAGGAGCUCAAAGCGGAAGUGGAAGAGGCCAAUUCAGCGAGAGAGAAUGCAGAGGAGCAAUACCAGACAUUAUUAGGACGCGUUGAGAAGAUAAAAUCUACACUAAGCGACCGUCUAAAACGUGAUCGGGAAGAGCUAGAGGAGAGCAAGGACCGGGUCGAGGAGCUCGAGUCUCAGAACGAAGAGCUGAGGAAUAAGUCUUUGGCGGCCGAGGAUGAAUCCACCAAGCUAAAGGAGGAGCUGUACGAGGCGGAGCGUGAACUCGCGAGCUUGCGGAGUCGUAACAAUCUCUCGGCGCAGAACUGGAUGAAGGAAAAGGAUGACUACUCCAAGCUCAUCACACAUCUAAAGGAGGAGGUCGGCAUGACAACCAAUGCGAUGGGCGAGUGGGAGGUUAUUGCUAUGGAGGAGAGGUCUGUGAAGGAGGAUCUUGAGGGCAAGGUUGCCGAGCUCGAGAGCCAGAUCUCUUCGGUGCAGCAAGCAUAUUCCAACGCCAUAGCCGAUCGUGAUUCGCAGUCCGAAGCCGUGGAGAAACUUCAGUCAGCCCUCCAAGAGAUACAAGAGGCAAGGAGAAAGGAGCUUCGUGAGAUGGUGGAGCAGGUUCAGCAACUGGAGAAGAAUGUGCAGGAUGCCGAUACCCGUGUGCAAAAGGUGGAAGAAGAGAAGGUCAAGCUGGACCAAGAGCUAGAACGCUGUGUGCCAUUUGAAAAGGAGGUCAAAGAAAAGAACCUCCUCAUUGGAAAGCUGCGACAUGAAGCCAUUAUCCUCAACGACCACUUAACAAAGGCCUUGAGGCAAAUCGUCACGAACCAAGUACUCCACUUCCUUACUCUCGAUCGCUCCGAUCCUAAGCGCUUCCAGAUCCUCCAGGUUAUGGCUGGCUACCUUGGCUGGACUGACGAGCAGCGCGAGCAAGCCGGGCUCGCACGUCCCGGCACUUCAAUGGGAAGUCUCAAGCUCCCGCUAUCACCCUUCACGCGAACACCUAGCACCGCUUCUCUCCACGCCGACUUCAUCACGGAGCAUUCGAGCGGCAAGGAAUCCCUAGCGGAACUCUGGGCUGGUUUCCUUGAGAGGAGCGCGGAAGAGGGUGCCGACGAGCGGUCAAGGAAAGACAGUGCUUCAAGCGCGGCAACAGCUGCCACGAGACCCGACGCCAAGGGCUAG